AUGAUGAAAGUGCACUGGCUAGUGCUUUGGUCUUUAUGGGCAGGACGAUUGGUGAGACAGCCAACAAUACCAGUGCGAGUAACAAAUGGACUCCUUCGCGGCUCCUUGUCGAAUGAUGGCUCGCACAUUCGCUAUUUGGGUAUACCUUAUGCUUCUUAUAAGAGAUUUCAGGCUCCUAUGCCAGAUCCAACAUGGAAUGGUGUAUUAGAAGCAACAGAAGAACACAUCAGAUGCCCUCAAAGAUUCACACCAACUUUUAUUUUAGGAAAUGAAGACUGUCUUACGCUUAAUAUUUAUACUCCAGUACAAAAAUCUGAACAAUUAUAUCCAGUCAUGGUGUUCAUUCAUGGUGGCGGCUUUAGAGAUGGUUCUAGUUCUCCAUUUUUAUAUGGACCUGAAUAUUUAGUGCGACAUGGUGUCAUUCUAGUCACUAUUAACUACAGGCUUGAGAUUUUGGGUUUCCUAUGCUUAGGUAUAAAAGAGGCCCCAGGAAAUGUUGGCCUGAAAGAUCAAGUUGAAAGUUUACGCUGGGUAAAAAGAAAUAUAAAAGCUUUCGGCGGAGAGCCUAACAAAAUAACAAUAUUCGGUGAAAGUGCUGGGGCGGCAUCUGUUUUGUACCACGUAGUGUCACCAAUGUCGAAAGGACUUUUUCAAAAGGCUAUAAUGCAAAGUGGUUCUGCUAUAUCUCCGUGGAGUUUGCAAUUUGACCCUUUAAAAACAGCUACUAAAUUGGCUAAACAAAUGGGUCACGAUUUAGAGGACCCAUAUAAAUUGUACGAACUAUUUAGGAAACAAUCAUUUGUUAAUUUAUUAAAAACACGUGUACCUAGACAUAAAGGUGAUGUUAUAUUGUCAGAGAAUAUAUUCGUUCCUUGUAUUGAGAGAAAAUUGCCUGACGCAGAACAAUUUUUAACUGAAGAUCCAUACCAUUUAUUAUCUAAAGGACAAUUUAAUAAAGUACCAGUUAUUAUGGGUUAUAAUAGCGCAGAAGGGUAUAUGUUUGUUGGUAAAGAAAAUGAAACAACAAUAAAAAACUUUAAUUACUACGAUGCUUUACCACGAGAUUUAGAAUUUCCAAGCGAAAAGGAGAAACGAGACACUGCAGAAAAGCUUAAAAAAUUAUACAAUGCAAAUAACGCAGAUGUGAUAACAACACUAUCAAAAUACGAAGGCGAUUCUUGUAUAGUAUAUCCAGUUAUUCGAACAGUUGAACUUCUAGACCAAAAUAUGGAUAAACCAGUAUAUGUUUACAAGUUUGCUUACGAUGGUUGGUUGAACUUGUUGAAAUUCAGUUACGGAUUUUUCAAAUAUCCGGGAGCAACUCAUGCUGAUGAUCUAUUCUAUAUAUUUAAAGCAAAACUGACAUUACCUCAAACUUUUUACGAAAUGGGUAUUAUAAAUACUGUAACAAAAAUGUGGACUGAUUUUGCAAAAUAUGGCGACCCUCAGAAGAGUGAACGUCUACGAAAGUGGUAUCCUCUUGCCAAAAACAACCAUCAACUUUUGGUGAUAGACAAGGUUUUGUCAUCACAAUCAAUAUGGGAAGAUCAAACCCUAUUGUUUUGGAAUAAAACAUAUUCGAAAUACAGAAAAAAGGGGUUAAUUAAA